UGCACCAUUGCCAUGUCUUCCUCUGCAGAUGCAGAAGCACAUUCAUCCACUGCCACAGAACAAUCACAGUCUUCAAGCCACCCCCCCGAUGUCAUGCCCUUGCCAGCGCGAACAAUAGCUGACGCCCAAUCUGAUCAUACUACCACCCUCUCCAAAGAUGAUCCUGCCACCAUGGCAGCGAGCGAAGAACUCAAGCACACCAGCAUCUCCGACAAAGUUGUGUCUACAUCCCCGAAGGACCAGGCUCGGCAUGCCGUUGCGGAUGAAGAUAAGACUAUGAAGGAGACGGUGAAAGAGAGCACGCCCGAGGUAGACCUCACCGACGCGCAAGAUGAGGAGAUGAGAGAACGGAUAUCUUCACCGAAGAAGAAACGCGGUCGAGACCAGGAUGAGGAGACUAGAGAGUUAGACGAUAACAACCUCGACGAGCCAGGAACUUCGGCCGAUGGGAGCGUCAUAAAUGGGAGCCGAACAACUAGAUUAGGUCCAGAGAAGAAGCGCCCUCGAGACACAUCAGAAGACUACACAAAUGCGACGGAGAAGGCUGCAGAUGCCAUGGCAACAGCCGAUACAACAGACACCCCUAAACCUACAUCCUCAGAAACCCAACCGACCAAGAAUUCUUUAGAAUCCUCACAGAAACCAAUAUUCGGGAGUGGGUUCGGAGAUAAGUCUCAGUCCUCUACCUCAGCGUUUGCCAGUUCCGGAUUUGGUGCCCUUGCUUCUUCUAGCACCUCUCCAUUUGGUAUUAUUGGAGCAACGAAGCCCAGUGUUUUUGGUGCCGCUCCCACACCCACGGUAUCUGGUUUCGGGGCAUUAGCCGCGAAAUCCCCAGAUGCUUCUGCUACCACCCCUUUGGUUGAUUCCGCAACUUCGUCCACAGCGAAACCGAUGAUAAGCUUAGGCUUUGGGGGUGGAGGAACUUCGGGAUUUGGCGGGCUCGGAGGAUCAAGUGGAAGUGUUUUUGGAUCUCGUUUAGGAAAUGGAUUUGCUGGUGGAUCUGGUGCGAAAUUGUCGACUUUCGCUGCUCCUGGUACGGAAAGUAUUACAAACGCAAAGCCAGCAAAAGCUUUUGGAGCCCCCGAGAGUGAUAACGAGGGUAGCGAUCAAGAUGACAGUGAAGGUAAUGGGGCUUCUGAUGACGAAGAAGGUGGCAAUAUAGGUGCAGAGGACAAGAAGAAGCCUUCUAAAGUCUCAAAAGUACAUAUUGAAGAUGGGGAAGCAGGGGAAGCAACUCUUCUACAAAUACGUGCCAAGCUCUUUGCUAUCGAUUCGAAAGAAGCCGGGUGGAAGGAAAGAGGUGUGGGAACGCUCAAAAUAAACGUUCCCAAACCUUGCGUAGAUUUCGACGAAAAUGGUGUUGCAAUUCCAGGAUCCUUUGAUGCUUCGGGACUGGAAGACGAAGAAGAAGACUCGGCUGCUCCUCGAGUGGCGCGUCUCAUUAUGCGCCAAGAAAACACCCAUCGAGUUGUACUCAAUACGGUUAUUGUUCGCGCUAUGGAGUUCAAGGAUAAGCCAUCCAGUAGCUCGGCGCAAUUCCUAUUUACGGCUUUUGAAGGCGAUAAAGAGCCAAAGCCUAUCAAUAUGCUUCUAAAGAUGUCGGAGGCCAACGGCAGGUUAUUCAGAUCCGAAAUCGAAUCCAUUCAGCACGAACUUUGA